CGCUUCGCUUCGUAAAAUUCAUUUAAAUUGCGAAAAGAAUAAUAAGAAAAAUAAUACGCUUGCCAAACCAAGGACUCAUCGAGAAAUAGCAAUCAUGGCUGGCGGCAACACCCCGCGUGUGAUCCAGGUGACCAACAUUGCGCCGCAGGCCACCAAGGACCAGAUGCAGACGCUGUUCGGGAACAUCGGCAAGAUUGAGGAGAUCCGCCUGUACCCCACCAUCCGGGACGUCUCCUGCCCGGUUCAGUCGCGCAUCUGCUACGUUAAGUACACGGAGACGAGCAGCGUGCCGGUGGCCCAGCACCUGACCAACACGGUGUUUAUCGAUCGGGCCCUGAUUGUCAUACCGGUGCUGGCCAUUCCCGAGGAGUACCGCGCCCUGGAGAUGCUCAAGAAUGGCACCAUUGUGCCUGGUCUUCAAAAACCCGACUCCAAGCUGCCGCCGGAGGUGAUAAACCGUAUAGAGGGACAGCUGCCGCAGCAGGUGAUCAAGACGUAUGACCCGAAGCUGGUUGAGUUUAAUCUGCCAGAGUACCCGGCGCUGCCCUCGUUCUAUGACGCCCGCAAGAUCGAGGAGAUCCGGCGUACCAUCAUCGUGUGCGAUGUAAAGAACGAGUGGCGCUUGGAUGACCUGAUGGACUGCUUCCAGCGCGCCGGCGAGGUAAAAUACGCUCGGUGGGCCGAGAAGGACAACAAGACGUACUGCAUGAUUGAGUUCUGCGAACAGACCAGCAUUAUUCACGCACUGCGCAUGCAGGGCCAAGAGUUCAAGGGCGGCUACCUGAGCGUCUACCACUCCACCUACUCGAUUACCAAACCGGAGGCCAAGUCGAACGAAGCCGCCCAAGCGGAGAUCGAGGAGGCAAUGACCAUUGUGAAGGAGGCGCAGAGUAUGAUCUCGGCUGCCAUCGACCCGGUGAUCGGAAUGCUGGCCAAGGAUAAACGCCGUAGGUCCCGAUCCCGCUCGCGCUCUCGCGAACGCCGCACCAGUCGCUCACGCUCGCACCGCUCCACGUCCAGGCGGCGUUCUAGGCGUUCUGGCUCAAGAGAGCGUCGUAGCGUGUCCCGUUCGCGUCGCUCACGUUCACGCGGCAAGCACUCAUCACGAUCCCGCAGCAAGCGGUCUAGAUCCCGCCAUCGUCGCAGCACCUCGCGCUCAAGGAGAUCACGUUCCCGUGGUGGCAAGCACUCGCGCUCCUCCAGAUCGCGUGGCAAACGCUCGAGGUCUCGUCAUCGUCGUAGUACCUCUCGUUCUCGCCGCUCCCGGUCCCACGGAAUUGCAGUGGUUCCCAGUGGAAACGGCAAGCGUUCUCGAUCUCGUGAGCGCAGCAAGAAGUCACACCGCAGCGAGAAGCGUUCCUCACGCUCACCCCGCUCCAGGAGCAAGCGCAGUUCCCCAUCUCCGCCGCCGGUGGCCACCAGCACCAAGUCACGCUCCAGCCGCAGCAAGGACUCGGCUCUCGCCACAUCCAAGUCGUCAUCCUCACGACGACGCGACCGCUCUCGCUCUGCGGAAACACGAAAACUUAAAUCCAUCUCCGAGGACACCGAGGCAAAGAGUUCACGCUCCAGCGCCGAUUCCAAGUCACGCAAAUCGGUGAGCGUCGAGAAAUCAGACAAUAUGGACAUCUCCAAUUCGCCCUAGACAUAGAAAGAUUACACAUUACUUUAUAAUAAAUACAGAACUUAAGUCAGGUCGCCUGCAAAUAGCCCGAUACCGCAUUGUCCACUCGGGAUUUUUACAUCCCAUUGUGUCCUAGUUCCCAAGCAUAAAGUCCACUUUAAAAAGCAGCAUUUUCGCAUUCUUAACUCUUAGAAACCCUUUUGAAAAUACACAAUAAGCUUAA